AUGCCUCUACCCAAAACUGAGUACAUUAGCGACAUCUGGAAGGAUGGCAUCUUCGCCAACAAGGUCGUCUUCUGCACUGGUGGUGCAGGCACUAUCUGCAGUGCCCAGGUUCGCGCUCUGGUUCACCUUGGAGCCAAUGCGUGCAUCAUCGGUCGCAAUGUAGAGAAGACAGAGCGCGUGGCUCAGGAUAUCGCCACGGCACGCCCAGGGGCCAAGGUUAUUGGCAUCGGCGCCGUUGAUGUGCGAAAGUUUGAGGACUUGAAGAAUGCCGUCGAGCGCUGUGUCAAGGAGCUUGGUUCCAUCGACUAUGUCAUUGCUGGUGCUGCAGGCAAUUUCCUCGCCUCCAUUGAGCAGCUCUCUGUUAACGCGUUCAAAACUGUCAUGGACAUUGACGUGAUUGGAUCUUACAACACUCUCAAGGCCACUCUGCCAUACUUGGUUGAGUCUGGCGGUAAGCACAGAAUGGACUCAGAAACCCUCCAGCCGCUUGCUAGUGGUACCGGCGGGAGGAUUGUUUUCGUCAGCGCGACUCUUCACUACCGCGGCAUGCCUUUCCAAGCCCACGUCUCUGUGGCCAAGGCCGGCAUCGACUCCUUGUCCAACUCGACCGCCAUUGAGUAUGGACCUCGGGGCGUGACUUCCAAUAUCAUUUCCCCCGGACCCAUUGCUCAAACGGAGGGCUUGGAACGUCUGCUCCCAUCCGACGCCAAGGCUGCCUAUACCAAGUCCCAGCCUCUGGGCCGCUUCGGACACGUCCGCGAUAUUGCUGAUGCGACAGUCUACCUCUUCUCCGAUGCUGGCAGCUAUGUCACCGGCCAGACUCUCGUUGUCGACGGUGCGAACUGGCGGAUGUCUGGCGGCUUUGCUACCAACGGAAACCUGCAAUAUCCUGACUUCCUUUUGUCAGGACAGGAGGUCGCCAACGUGACGGGCAAGAAGAAGUCGAAGCUUUGA